GCAGGAGACGGCCGCCGUUACGGCGCGAGCGUGGUCACGUGGCUGCUGGUCACCGCCGCCACCCCCUCCCGCCCUGUUCUCUUUCAGGUCGGGCCGGGCCCGGCAGGUUCCGCGAGCUCCCGGCAGACUGAGGGAGAGAGAGAGAGAGAAAGAGAGAGAAAGAGGAGGGGAGGAGGAGGAUUCAGGGAAUAGGAGCUGGGGAACCCAUCUGCGCCACAGUUACCUAUCAGUGCUUACCCACUGUUCAAAUCUUCCUGGAUAAAUCUUUGCCAGAGCUCAAGAUUGCUUGGAAAAUACAGUUGCCUGUGAUACAGAGCAGCAGGAGCAUUUCUGAUGCCUUGAAGAUGGGAGAACUGUAGAUGUUUUUCCAGCAGCUCAGUUGAGGGAGAAGUUGGUUGGUCUCCAGAUUUUGUUUCCUCUUCAAUUCCUGUUUGCCAGUCAAGACUUCUAUUUGGUGAAAUCUCUUGUACCAAGCUGGUGUCAUCCUUGAACCAUAACAAGAACAUGCAUUUUUCAAGUGUCCAACAGAUUUGUGGAUUAGUAAAGUUCUUCUGAAAGGUAGUUCCUUUUGGUGAUACUGUCCAGUUCGUACAAUGUAUCAUUCCUUAUCUGAAACUAGACAUCCUCUGCAGCCUGAAGAACAAGAAGUAGGCAUUGACCCCUUGUCCAGUUAUUCAAACAAGUCUGGAGGAGAUUCAAAUAAAAAUGGAAGAAGAACAAGUUCUACCUUAGACUCUGAGGGGACUUUUAAUUCAUAUAGGAAAGAAUGGGAAGAACUAUUUGUAAACAACAAUUACUUGGCAACAAUAAGGCAGAAAGGGAUUAAUGGGCAGCUGAGAAGCAGCAGGUUCCGCAGCAUUUGCUGGAAGCUGUUUCUUUGUGUUAUUCCUCAAGAUAAAAGUCAAUGGAUAAGUAGAAUUAAAGAGUUAAGAGUAUGGUAUAGCAACAUUAAAGAAGUACAUAUCACAAACCCCAGGAAGGUUGUUGGCCAACAAGAUUUGAUGAUCAACAAUCCUCUUUCACAGGAUGAAGGGAGUCUUUGGAAUAAAUUCUUCCAAGAUAAAGAACUACGAUCAAUGAUUGAACAAGAUGUUAGAAGAACGUUUCCCGAAAUGCAGUUUUUCCAACAAGAAAAUGUGAGAAAGAUUCUUACAGAUGUUCUUUUCUGUUAUGCUAGAGAAAAUGAGCAGUUGCUUUAUAAACAGGGAAUGCAUGAGCUAUUAGCCCCCAUAGUCUUCAUCCUUCACUGUGACCACCAAGCCUUUCUACAUGCCAGUGAGUCUGCACAGCCAAGUGAGGAAAUGAAAACUCUCUUGAACCCCGAGUAUCUGGAGCAUGAUGCUUAUGCAAUGUUCUCACAACUGAUGGAAACUGCUGAACCUUGGUUUUCUACUUUUGAGCAUGAUGGUCAAAAGGGGAAAGAAACUCUGAUGCCUCCCAUCCCCUUUGCCCGACCACAGGAUUUAGGACCAACAGUUGCUAUUGUUACUAAAGUCAACCAGAUCCAGGAUCAUCUACUGAAGAAGCAUGAUAUUGAGCUCUAUAUGCACUUGAACAGGCUGGAAAUUGCACCACAGAUAUAUGGAUUGCGGUGGGUGCGGUUGCUGUUUGGCAGAGAGUUCCCUCUGCAGGAUCUCCUGGUGGUCUGGGAUGCCUUGUUUGCAGAUGGCCUCAGCCUGAGUUUAGUCGACUAUAUCUUCAUAGCCAUGUUACUCUACAUUCGGGAUGCUUUGAUCUCUAGUAACUACCAGACCUGUCUUGGCCUUCUGAUGCAUUACCCACUCAUCGGAGAUGUGCACUCACUGAUUCUUAAGGCUUUGUUCCUUAGAGACCCAAAGAAAAAUCCAAGACCUGUGACUUAUCAAUUCCAUCCCAAUCUAGAUUAUUACAAAGCACGGGGAGCAGACCUUAUGAACAAAAGCCGGACCAAUACCAAAGGUGCUCCCCUGAAUAUAAAUAAGGUCUCUAAUAGCCUGAUUAAUUUUGGAAGAAAGCUGAUUUCCCCAGCAAUGGCCCCAGGCAGUGUGGGUGGCCCUAUCCCUGGGGGCAACAGUGGCAGCUCCUCUUCUGCUGCUAUCCCCACCAGGACCUCAGCAGACACCCCAAGGCAUCAUUUGCAGCAACAGCAGCAGCAGCAGCAGCAGCAGCAGCAGCAGCAGCAGCAGCAGCGGCUGAUGAAAUCCGAAAGCAUGCCAGUGCAAUUGAACAAAGGCGAUAUAGUUACAGGAAGCGAUGCUCAGGUUUCUGUUCCUGUCCAGACUCUAACUGACCUCCAAGGGCAAAGUUCUAAAAACAUCAGUUCAUCUCCAAGCAUUGAGAGUUUGCCUGGAGGAAGAGAAUUCACUGGUUCCCCACCUUCAUCUGCUAAAAAAGAUUCCUUUUUUAGCAACAUCUCCCGGUCACGCUCACACAGCAAAACUAUGGGCAGAAAAGAAUCUGAAGAAGAAUUAGAAGCCCAGAUUUCCUUCCUUCAAGGACAGUUGAAUGACCUGGAUGCUAUGUGUAAAUACUGUGCAAAGGUGAUGGACACUCAUCUUGUAAAUAUUCAAGAUGUGAUAUUACAAGAAAAUUUGGAAAAAGAAGAUCAAAUUCUGGUUUCCCUGGCAGGAUUAAAACAGAUCAAAGACAUUCUAAAAGGUUCCCUGCGUUUCAACCAGAGCCAACUGGAAGCUGAAGAGAAUGAGCAGAUUACCAUCGCAGAUGACCACUACUGCUCCAGCGGCCAGGGUCAGGGCAACCAAGUUCUCGGAUCCGCCAAGCAGGCUUCUGCAGAAGCUCCUGGGCUCCCAGACAGAGGGGGCUCUGAUGACUUCAUCCUGGUUUCGAAAGAAGAUGAAGGGGGCAGUGCCAAGGGGCACUUCCCGGGUCAGGCUCAGCCUCUUCGCACCCUCAAAAGUACAUCGGGGAAAAGCCGGACCCUGGCCUGCUCUCCCUUGGUGUUCUCAGAUCCCCUGAUGGGUCCCGCCUCAGCAUCUUCCAGCAACCCCAGCUCCAGCCCUGAUGACGACAGCAGCAAGGACUCCGGCUUCACCAUUGUGAGCCCCCUGGACAUCUGACAUAGGCAUCUCCCCCCCUCGGAGGCCUCCCCAAGGAGACCCCUCUAAAGCCAGUGCUUCUUCCCUGGCAUGCAUUGGGCAUUGGUACAGUCCGUUGGAACCCUUUAGAAGAAGCAAACACAACCACAGCACACAAACCAGUGCUCACCAAAAUGCAGACAGGACUUUCUGGGCCCUUACCUGACCCUCCCCAUCCUUGCUCUGAAUUAGAGCCAGAUUAAGUACCCGGAACCACACUCUCAGAAAAGACCAAGUCAGUCAGAACCACUUUUCCCAUCUCCUCCUCCCCAGCUAAGAGGGUCUGACAAUGCCAGCAGUUACCUUGAGGAGGAGGAGGAGUUGGACAUCUUUCCUUCCUCAAAGUGUCAGCCACAGGGAAAGCGGUUGCUAUCCAGAGAACUUACUCUGUGGAAAUCUGUCUCAUAUAAUUUAGUUCGUACCUUGGGAAGCCAUAUAGCAGAGCCAAGUGCAAUAGAAUGAACUAGAACAAGGGAUUCCAGGACGUGGAAAAUCCCAUUACUCAAUUACUGACCUCUCAAAGUUAUGAUUUUUAGAAAUUGGGUCUAAACUUAGGAGUCAUUUUGAGGUAUGGUAUGGUUUUAGAUUCUUUCGAUUUGUUAAAGACAUUUAUAAUCCUCAGGCUAAAUAGAGGUCAGCCUUAUCAUGGUUCCUCAAACAAUUGUAUUUCAAUUUUUAGAAUGUUUUAUCAAAAGCAAGGUCACUUUAAGCUAUCUUUACUGUACUGACUUCACAUGUUGCAAGGAUAUUAAUAUCCUUUAAUUUAAAAAAAGUGACCCUGACUUAAGGGAUAUACAUCUUUCAGACAGUUUCCUGGUGAAGUUUCUAUGGUUUCAGAGCUACGUUGAACUGAGAAGUACAGGGGAAAAGCCUUGUUCAUUCCCAUCUAGUCAGAACCCCUCAAUGGCCUUAAGGAAGCAGUGACAGGGAAUUGGACCUGGAAUCCUUUCUGUAGGGAGCAGGGCUUCCUAGAGAACAUUCCAGGCACUUGGGAGGACACGGGGUUUCAACUCAUCCCCUGGCAGCCUGGAACCACAGGGCCUGUGCUCAGCUGUGAACUCCCACGGUCCUGGGUACCAUGGCCCUCGGUUGGCAGCUUAGAAAGCCAUCAUGGACACACAGAUCACCUAAGCUGUUUCACUUUGUAAAUAAGAAGGGCCCAAGAAGGACACUUCUCCCCUGCACCUGAGCAGGCAUUCUGCCAGGGACAAGUAGGGACUGCAGAUGGACACAGGGUCCUUCUUCCAUCAGUGAAGAGCAGCCCUUGCAGGGAGGCCUUGCUCUCCAGGCUUCUCCUCAGCAGAUGGCAUGGGCAGUGGCGGCCUUCAUGGUGACUUUAAAUGAAAAGCUAAGUCUGAAGGAAGACACUGUUUAUGUCCCUCCCACUGCUAACCAUAUAUUUCUCUAUAGACAAAUGUGAUAAUGACAUGAUUUCCCACUCGAUCUCUAAGAAAAUGGUGAUGACUCUUGAGUCAGCCACUGCAGAGGAGGUUCUAAUUAGCUCUACAGUUUGUUCUUAAAUUCUAACAGAAAUCCCCUCUCACCAGCAUGUGAGGUGAAUAACUGGUUUUGCCAGAUGGCAGGGUGUCUGGCCUUCCAUCACGGGGCAGCUGCUCAGCAGUCGCACUCAUUAGCUCUCUGGUUCCUGAGUCUGGUCCUCUCAGCACCUCUGAGUAAACUGCUCCUGUGCACGUCCCCAUGGUGACACUUUGUAAGCUCCAGGGUUCCCGCACAGCGAGCAGCCUCACACCUAUACAGAGGUCGCCUUCUCAUAAAGGACUUGGGAAGUUGUCAGGAGUUUGGUUCUAGGAAGUACAGAGCUGUCCUGCCAGGGCCACAGGACAGACUGAAAGGACCACAGAGCUGGCUCCACCCACACCGCUAGGCCACUGUCCUCUGCUCACUCCAGCGUCUCCUUUGCCUUGAGAGCUAGAGGGAUAGCUGGGUGUCACUGGCCACACAAGAGCCACUGCCACCCACCAACCCAAGAAGGUUCUAACUGGUUUCCUGCCACUGGCUGGGCACUUAAUCACCACCAGAAACUCCCAGCCCUGCACAUAAGCUACGGGAGUGUCCUCUCCAUCCUGGGCUUCUGUGCUGGUGCCACGAGAGCACUCAGGCGUGCGCUCACUCCCUUCUCAAAGGAACCGUAGGAGGGGAGCCUGUGGCACAUAAGCAACAACAGCCUCAGAUUCCAGUUUCAGAGUUACAGCAUUGUAGUAGUAUUGUUAUUUUCUAAGUGACUUUUUUUUAUUCUUCUUUGGUGAACAUCAUUUGCAUUUUUUAUUAGUUACAGUGCUAAAGAAUAUGUGUUCCUUUUUAUUAUUUUAUCAGGUACUUAUGUUUAAUUAUAUAUAUAUUUUUUAAUUCUGGAUAUAUGAGACCUUUUUGUUUCUCUAACAGUUGUGGUAAUCAGUGGGAUUUCUCGCAUAUCGUGAUUAUUAGCAGUUACAUUUUAUAUACGUUAAGCUUUGAUUAAUUCCCGCUGUCAUCUACUUUUUUUUAUACAUGUCCCCAUGUGUUUCAUGCAUUCCUCUCUGAUCAGAAAUCUGAGUUAAAAAUCAUCUGUGCAUUACGCAUCUGUACAUUACAGACUAGAGGAAGAAAAUCAGCCUACUUUGCCUUAUAUUGUAUGUAUGCCAAGGUCAUAGAACACUUUAAACCUUCAGUUAUACUGAAUUAUUCUUGCAAGAAUGACCUGUUCAUGUUCAGUGCUAACUGCACUCUGUAAAGAACAGCACUGCAGAACGAAUGUGCUGCACCUUCUCACAUGGGGCUGGGCCCACUCUCGGGCGUCUGUCCUUUGCAGCACUAAGGAAGCUGCCACAGGGCUCCGUGCCUGCCACUAGCAGGAGCACUGCCUUUACUUUGUCAGAGAUGCCGAGCAAAUGUAAAGCUCUGACAGUUAUGCUGUCUCCUAAUAACCUGUCAUAGUUGAUCCAAAUUUAUUAUUUUCAUUUUGUUUUUUAAGCUCUCACCCCCAGGGGUCAUUACAGAACAGGAGAGUGGAUGAAGGACUUGUCUCCAGCUCACUGAAUGGCCAUCCCGUGAGCACACGGCUGGUUCCAUCGCUCCUCCCCGGCAGACAUUCUCCUGGCCCUGCCUGUGUGUCCAGAGCAGGAGCAGCCGCAGCCGUGGGGCAGGAGGGGAGGCUACGUGGACUGGGGACAGCAGCUGGCCAGCCAGGCUCCUCACUGGCCAAACCACUUUCUCAGUGCUAACUUUCAGUAGCUUUUUAUAGUGCUGAAAGAAACCCAAAGUCCUGUAAGCCAGCUGGAGACCAUGUUAAUAUAAAAGUCAUGGUCCUUUGCUCACAGGGGCAUAGUUCAUUUGAUUCAUGGACUACCCAGUAUCGCCAUCUACAUCAUACAGACCACUUUUCUCAUCCCUCUUUAUGCUGUAACCCAAACUGAUACAAGAAAUGAUUUAUCCUUUUGGCAAAGUGAUCCCAUUCAGUAUGGUUAUAAUAAAAGACUAAUGUGAA